CUAGAACGAGCAAGCUCGGAGGCACACGCCAGGCAGCGUGCGAGCAAACGCACCACUCGCGUGAACUAGCCGGCUCUCGCCGUCAACAGCCAGCUCUCGCCGUCGACGCCUUUGCAUCCACCGACGCAACGCAGCCGGCACACAACCACCAUGCGCCUGCACGCCAUUGCAGCGCUGCUCGCGAGCGCCACAGCUCUAUCAACGCCGACGGCCCAGCUCAGCCGCGCGGCGACGUUCUGGAGGUACGCGACGCCCGUCGUCGCCAAGUACCUCGGCCAGCUCGCGUCGAUCGAACUACAAGAAAGGCUCUCGGGCACGUGCCUGUCCGACGAGGAGUGCGCCGUCGCCUGGGAGGACGCCCACGUCAGCGGCGCGUCGGCCUUCCGGAAAACCGUCGACGAUCUGGGCGGCUUCUACGUCAAGACGGGCCAGAUCGUCGCCUCGCGCCAGGAUUUAUUCCCAAAGCAGUAUUCCAAUGCGCUGGCGGGCCUGACGGACUUCGUCGAUCCGCUGCCGUCGGCGGAGGUGCGGCGCGUCGUGGCCGAGGAGACGCUGAGACCUGGCGAGGUCUGGGAAGACGUUUUUAGUGAGUGGGACGACGCGCCGCUCGGCGCGGCGUCGGUGGCCCAGGUGCAUCGGGCGGUUUUGAGUGAAAAGUACGGGAACAAGGAGGUCGCUGUUAAAGUACAGAGACCAGGUGUGGAAACGACGCUCCUCGGCGACGUGAAACAGUUAAAAAGAUUGGCGAAGCCGCUGCGGGGCACGACGCCCGUCGACUACUACAUCGUCUUCCAAGAGUUGGAAUCGCAGCUGGCCGACGAGUUCGAUUUCAUAAGGGAGGCCGCGGCCAUGGAAAGGAUUGGCACUACUCUCAAUGAGGCUCCCGGCGGCGCCGCGCUAGUGGUACCUAGAACCGUGCCGUCGUUAUGCUCAAAAAGGGUGCUGGUCAUGGAUUACCUGAGAGGAGAACCUUUAUCAAGACUAGCAGAACGCUUACCGGAGGGCGCCGAUUUAGGCCCGGCGGGCAAGGCGCUCCUCGCUGCGUUAACGGACGCGUUCGGGCGGUGCAUCUUCAGCACGGGCUUCUUCCACGCCGAUCCCCAUCCAGGAAAUUUAUUUGUGCUCGACGACGGGCGCAUUGGCCUCAUCGACUUCGGCCAAGUGAAACAAAUCUCGGGCAAAGCAAGAUGUACCCUGGGCAAGGUCAUGUGCGCCCUCGCGCGGCGGGAACGGUCUACUGAGGAGCCCUACGGUGUGCUGAGGGACCUCGAGCCGCUCGCGGAGUUGGGCGACGAGCUAGGCGUGGUUUUGAGGGACGGCGCGCUGCGGCCCGAGGGGCCCGCGGCCGUGUCCAUGUGGCUGUUUGAUGAUGCGUCGGAGCCGCUGCCGGGCGGCUUCGAGCAGAGCGAGCUGUCGCCGAAGGCGCCGGCGAUGUCGCUCAAGUCUUUUCCUCAAGAUUUAGUAUUUGUCGCCCGGUCUUCGGUUUUGAUCAAGGGCCUGGCCGCGCGCCUCGGCGUGAAGUGGUCGCUAGCGUCGAAGUGGGCGCCCAUGGCCGUCGAGGCGCUGGAUUUGAACGACGCCGACGCGCGCGGCGUGCGGCGGCGCGGGCGUCUGUCGAAGCUCGGCGACGGCGUCAAGGCGCGGCUGUCGCGGGUCGUCGCGCCCGUUGUCCGGCGGCGGCUGGCUGCGCGGGCGUCUUGA